AUGUCUCACCUCAAGUACUACGCCUACGAGGGUGUCGGCGAACGGAACCUGAAGACCUUUAGCUACAACCAGGCUGUGAGAGUGGGCGACAGGAUUGAGUGCGCAGGCCAGGGCGGCUGGGACCCCAAGACGGGCGAGUUCUUCAAGGAGAUCAACGCGCAGAUCGACCGGGCGUUCGAGAACGUCGAGCUGAACCUGAAAGACGCCGGCGGCAAGGGGUGGGAGCAGGUGUACCGCGUCAACUCGUACCACGUGCCCAUCAACGACGAGGCGCUGGCGGCGAUGGUGAGGAACUUCAACAAGUGGAUGCCGAACCAUAAGCCCAUCUGGACGUGUGUGGGUGUGCCGAGGCUCGGGGAGGAUGAUAUGAGGGUUGAGAUUGAGGUUGUGGCGCAUGAUCCGGAGGGGGCUAAGAAAGCUGGGUCGGUGUAG